AUGUCCCGCGCCCUAGUGCUCGCGCUACUCGCCGCGCUCGCCGCGUGUGUAGAAGAGGACUGCAUAGACUGGGAGGGCAAGUCAGUGCCGCACGGCCUCCUGUACGUGCCGGGCCCGGGCGUGUGCUCCAUUUGCGUCUGCUACCACUCGGAGCCCAUGUGGUGUAAAGCUAUAUACUGUGAUCCGCCUUAUUUCUGCAAAAACUUCCGCGUCGGGGAACGAUGCUGUGAAUUCGAAUGCCUCGACCCGCCCGGGGAAGACACUAGAUACCGGGAAAGACAACGUCUGCGAGCCCUGAUCCUCGCUGGAAACUCCUCCGCUCCACACACCAGACCAUCGUUGAAAAUUAAAGCGGGCAUCUCUUUACUCGCCGUAGCAGUUGCAAGAUUUGUU